CAAUCGCAGCUACAGCCUAACACCGCCCUUAAUUCACCCCCUGGCACACGUUGCGCAGGUACCGCUUUCCAUAUAUAACCGCGGAAACAGUUUCCUUGUGCUUCACGUGAGGAAUAGAAGAGAACCUUCGCGUCCAAGCAUGGUCAAUGGACACUGCGUUGUCGUAGUGUUCGUUGUAUUCACCAUGAUAGCUGACGUCGGUCUAGCCAUCUCCGGUCUUGCUCAACGGUCGCUUCAAUCCAAGGUGCGCAUUGUAAACGGUGAAUGUAGCUUCGACUACAGCAACUUGAAGCAAGGCUACCUGACGCUGAAAGACGGGCGAUGCUUUAAAGCUGCCUGCGUUCCCGGAGAAGGCAGAGCUGUGUUCAGAUAUGUUCGUCGAUGUGAGCCACGUGAUUAUGGAAGAUUAUGCUGGGUCUCGGAUGGUUACUUGAGCCCGCUGUCAACUCAGGAAGAUGCAUCUACCGUGGCAGAUCCGUAUGGGAAGCUUACAUCACCCUUGCAGACGGGAAGUGCGUGAAAGCCAGAUGUAAGCCCAAAGAACGCCUGCUGCACUUCAUUCAGAUGAAGGAAUGUAUGCUCCCAGCUUCUGGUAGGGGAUGUUUCUACGAGGACGGACUUUUGGAACAGCAAUGCUGCAGGCCGACCACGAUUUGCUAUUAGCUACAGCCCCAAAUAAUGGGCGCCCUGUGCCCUCGCAGUCUGUGCUUCGUACUUACCGAAACAGAACAAUAAACGAUUCGUUGGAA